UGAGGCCGAGCGGGCAGUGCCUGAGCCGGUCCUGUCCACAGGGAGCUCCUGCCCGUCUCUCUAGACCCAGCCGCAGAAACACCCUCCCACCAUGUCGGACGAGGAAGUUGAGCACGUCGAGGAAGAGUACGAGGAGGAAGAAGAGGCCCAGGAGGAAGCGCCCCCUCCACCUGCAGAAGUCCAUGAAGUCCAUGAGGAAGCCCAUGAAGUUCAUGAAGUUCAUGAAGUUCAUGAACCAGAGGAAGUCCAAGAAGAGGAGAAGCCGAGACCCAGACUCACUGCUCCUAAGAUCCCAGAAGGGGAGAAAGUAGACUUUGAUGACAUCCAGAAGAAGCGUCAGAACAAAGACCUCAUGGAGCUGCAGGCGCUUAUCGACAGCCACUUCGAGGCUCGGAAGAAGGAGGAGGAGGAGCUGGUCGCACUCAAGGAGAGAAUCGAGAAGCGCCGUGCGGAGAGAGCAGAGCAGCAGAGGAUCCGGGCUGAGAAGGAGCGGGAGCGCCAGAACCGGCUGGCGGAGGAGAAGGCCCGUCGGGAGGAGGAGGAGGCCAAGAGGAGGGCGGAGGACGACCUGAAGAAGAAGAAGGCUCUGUCCUCCAUGGGCGCCAACUACAGCAGCUACCUGGCCAAGGCCGACCAGAAGAGAGGCAAGAAGCAGACGGCCCGGGAGAUGAAGAAGAAGGUCCUGGCGGAGCGGCGGAAGCCCCUCAACAUCGAUCACCUGGGCGACGACAAGCUGAGGGACAAGGCCAGGGAGCUCUGGGAAUCCCUGCACAAGCUGGAGACUGAGAAGUUCGAGUUGGGGGAGAAGCUGAAACGCCAGAAAUACGACAUCAUGAACGUCCGGGCCAGAGUGGAGAUGCUGGCCAAGUUCAGCAAGAAGGCCGGGACCACGCCCAAGGGCAAAGUCGGUGGGCGCUGGAAGUAAAGCCGCAGAGACCACCCCGGGCAGAGACCGUCGGCCCGGGCAGCCCACAUGGCGGUGUCCGACCCCCGCCCCCCAGCACCCGAGUCUCUGUCCUCGCUGCCCUCACCCCCUGGGGUCUGUGAAUAAAGCUGGCAGACCCCCCUCCA